GUACUGCACAAACACACACGAGCCAACAUUAUCCAUAUCAGACAAAUAACUAAAAACACAAUAGAUUGUAUGCACCACACACAUAAACACUGUAACCGCUUUGUCAUGAUGAUGGUAAAUAGUGUGUGCAUGUGUAAUGAUUUUUUGAUAUUAUAUUCUCAGUGCAAUAAUGACUGCAUGUAGGCCUGCUCACCCUCUCCUUUAAAUCCGUCUUUUUUUAAAUACGGUGUGAUAGGAGUUGAGGUACAAGAUGGCGAAUCUACCCAAACUCAGUUUGCUUGUUUAUUUGCAGAAUGGAUAUUGUUGUCAUCACUCUUGGCUGUCAGUCUUAAUUAUACAUUAAUAUAGGCUACUCAUCAUCUCAUGUAUCAAACUGGUGCAGAGGAGAAAAGAAUAGUGUCUGGCUCAUGAUGAUACUUGAGGUCACACUCCUGCAGUGCCGUUAUUCACCACAUCACACAGUAUUCAUGUUGCUGGUCCAAUAUGCAGUCCAAUACUGCAGCCUUUUUCACGGGGAGCGAGCUUCCAAAUUUACCCUCCCGCUGUGCUCGCUCCCCGUGCCUUAAAAAGCGCAUGCACGGCUGAAGGUCACUUAAACACAAAAGGCUUUCAGCGCUGCGGUCCAAUAUAGCGCAUGCGCGCUGCCGGAGGACUGCUUCACAGACCGCAAUAUGGCGAGAAUGCCUGCCAGCGGAGACACAGAGCAGGAGCAGAUAAGCUGCCCCGAGAGGAGCAGGGAGGAUGAUAAUGAGGAGGAAGAUGAAGAUGAGAUCCAGGAGGUCCAGAUCACCGGGGAGGAAGAGGACGAGGGGUCCGAUCGAGAUGGUGUGGAGCUUGAGUGGGAGUCAGGAGGUACAGUGCUGGACUCCAGCGGUUCUGCCGCGGAGAUAAAAGCGGUCGUUAUGCGGAGUAUGGACCGGGGAGAGGAGGAGGGAGAGGCGGACCCCUUCAGCAGCGGCAUACCCGCUGGGCUGGAAUCUCAACUGGAGGGAGACCUUCAGCGGUCAGAGCGGAACAGGCUGAGCGAGAACACCCGCCUGGCCACCCGGUAUGCGGUGAGAAUCUUCAGGGAGUACCUCAGCGAGAAAGCCCAAAGUCCAGACUUUGAAACUCUGGACAAGGAGGCGCUUUGCGUUGUGCUGCGCUCCUUUUACGCAGAGGCGCGCUCCAAAAGUGGACAGUUGUACAGCAAGUCGUCCCUCAUCAGCAUCCGGAGCUCACUCAAUCGGUACCUUAACGAGCCGCCCUACUGUCGAACAUUGGACCUCACUAAGGACCCUGAACUUCGCAGCGCCAACUUGACCCUGGCCGCGGUCAUACGGAGGCUGGAAGAGCAAGGCGCUGGUCCCGUGGUGCAGAAACAAGCCAUCACGCGCUCGGACCUUCGGAAACUGUACGAGUCAUCAGUGUUCAAUUCCGACACGCCGUUCGGGUUGCUCAACAAAGUGUGGUUCGAGACCUGCAUGUAUUUCUGCACCAGGGGCCGGGAGAACCAGCGGGAGUUGGAGGAGGACUCGUUCGGUCUGGCUGUGGAUGAAGACGGAAGAAAGUUUGUCUAUUUUAAAGCUCUCGGACCGUACCAUAAGUCCCGCUCAGCCGCCUGGACCAAGAAGCGUCCGGACGCAGAGGAGGACACCUUGCCGCGGAUGUACGAGACGGGCUCGGAACAGUGUCCAUACGCCAGCUUCGUACGAUACGUUUCUAAAAGGAACCCGCUCUGCAGGGCGUUCUUUCAGCGGCCACGGGACCACUGCUGCGCGAGUGACAUGACGUGGUACGAGAACAAAGCUAUCGGUAAGAACCUGUUGGGCACGAGGAUGCAGAUGUUGUCGCGCGCUGCCAAGCUCUCCAAGACCUACACCAACCACUGCAUCGGCGCCGUCUCCAUAGCAACGCUCAACAGCAUCGUGGGCGCCGCGGGCUCCAGGCCGCCGACGACGCUUUACGUUGCCUCGGAAACGGUCAACGGUCACGCGCAGUCCCACCUCCAGCUCGUGAUCCCAUACCGGAUAACAGGCGCUGCAGAUCUGAUGCCGCAGCGGACAACAGCAGCAACAGUAAACACACCAUCAACAACAACGUGUAGGGUCAGCGCCGAGGAGGACCCGGAGGCUCCCUACGCCAAGAGGCUGUGCGUGCGCCCUGGGACACGCGCGGAGUUGCCUGUGGAGCGGAACGAGAGCGAGACGGUGCCCACCAGAGCCACCGAGUCCCAUAUACAUACACAGCCCGCGGUGCGGUCCCCGGUCGCUGUGCCCACACAGGACAGCUGUGGCAGCAGCAGUACGACGAGUCAGCAGCUAGUUUCUGUGUCUCCUGUGAGUUCCACUGGGAUCCCAACACCAGCCCAGCUCACCAAAACCAACGCACCUGUCCACAUUGACGUAGGAGGGCACAUGUACACCAGCAGCCUGGCCACCCUUACAAAGUACCCUGAGUCAAGGAUUGGUCGCCUGUUUGAUGGAACGGAGCCCAUAGUGUUGGACAGUCUUAAGCAGCACUACUUCAUUGAUCGAGACGGCCCAAUGUUCCGCUACAUACUUAAUUUCCUCCGGACCUCCAAACUCCUCAUCCCUGCAGACUUCAAAGAAUUCUCCCUGCUUUAUGAAGAGGCCAGUUUCUUCCAGCUGGCUCCUCUGCAGGCUGAGCUGGAGCGCUGGAGGACUGAGCAGGAAUGUGGGGGUGUGUGUCUGGAGUGUGAGUGUGUCAUGAUUCAUGUGGCACCAGAGCUUGGUGAGAGGAUCAGCGUGAGCGCCCAACAGGCUGUGAUCGAGGAGGUUUUUCCCGAGGUCAGAGACAUCAUGUCCAGUUCCUUGAACACCAGCUGGAGUGAGGACUCAACACACAUCAUUCGCUUCCCACUCAACAGCUACUGCCACCUCAACUCUAUCCAGGUGUUGGAGCGGUUACAGCAGAGAGGAUUCUGGAUCACAGGUUCAUGUGGCGGUGGAGUGGACUCUUCGCAAUUUAGUGAAUACAUUCUACGGAGGGAAGGCCGAGGCAGCCAACAUCCCCCGACCCUCAUCCAAAUAAAACAGGAACUCGUGGACUGAACUCAACUGUUUGUCAAACCCAGAACAGAUUCACUUCAAAAACAACGAAACAAGUCAACAAACUAAGCAGAAAUGAACACUCAGAAUUUCUCAUGCUGCAGUAUAAAAAUAAGCUACAUAGUAUGUAUCUGAGAUGUUAGUCUUCUUUGAUACUUUACUGACACUUACUACAUACAUGUCAGAUAGUGGUAUCAUUACAGUACAAGUCCAUCAGUGCAGGGACUGGCAGAGGAUCAUGGGAAAUGUGGUCCUUAAUUUGAAGUUCACUAGCAUUAGCACUUCUGUUGACAUAAAAUAAAGGCUGGUAAUUAGGGAUGUGCAGUAUAGAUCCAAUCUUUUAUCACAGAAGAGUCAUUUGAAAUUGUGAUAUAGUGUAUACCCGGGAAAUUCAAUUAAGAAAUCAUUGAUGGAUAACAUAACCAGAUGCUUAUGUCAGACUUUGGCUACUCCAUUGAAAUAAUACCUGAAAAGUCAAGGUACUGCAUCACAUUGAUGCAAAAAAUUCAACCGUGCCAACGCCCAGUCCUGCUGAGUGAUUUUCAACAUUGCCCACAUUGUCCCUAAUAUCCCCAGAGAUAUUAAAGGGAGAGCUACUGGAUGGCAGAAUAUUUAACUGUUCAGACAUUUCUGCUGUUUUUUAAACACAACCCUUUUGUUUUUGCUCCCAUUUUUACAGGGUUAAGUUAAAGAUCUUAGGCUUUCUUUAUGCCUUUAUGCCUUUAAUAGAUAUGUUUCCCUCCAAUUUUUCUAUUAGUCAAAAUUUGUGUUAGUGACCACUUCUUCUUUUCCAUGAUAAUCCAUCCCGUUGCAUAUCAAGAUGCUGAUUUAACAUUAUCAUUUCAACACAGGUGUGCCUUGGGAUGGUAAAAGGUCACACUAAAAUGUGCAGUUUGAUCACACAACACAAUAAGAGAGAGGCCAAAAGUUUUGAGGGAGUGUGCCAUUGUGAUGCUGACUGCAGAAAUGUCCACCAGAGUUGUUCAUCUUGGUGUGCCAAGGAUUGAGGAUUGAUUAUUUUGGAAAAGAGAAGUGCUUGCUUACACCGAAAAGUGUUGCAUAUACAUUUUUGAAAGUGUUGCUUAUACAUGUUUGUUUAGUAUAGUUCAACCUUAUUGAUAUUUAUCUCCACUGUGGUCUCAGACCACAUACUGAGGCUAGAAAAUGCGCUGUGUCCACACGUAAAAUAGAUGAACUUUCUCAUCAUGCUGAUAUUCACUGAAUGGUACAAAAACACAAACAUGGACACCUGAAGCUCUUCUUAGGAAAUGGCUGGUGGCUACAGCUCACAAUUUGACUGCAUGGAUUUCACAAGGGUUUCUAUAUUUAGAGGUAAGAUAUUUAAAAAUGAUGGCUGGAUACUCAUACAUUUUGAUAUGUAUGUAUAAGAAUAUCCUCUUUAGAUGCCAUUUUGUAUUAGGUAAAUUAAAAAUGAUAUUGGAUUCUUCUAAAUCUGUCCACCCAUGGAAAAAGAUUACAUCAGCAAUUCGUUUUAAUACCAAUAAAUGUGUGUCUACAUUUAUUGGACAAAGAGCACCAGUGGCCAUGUGAAUUAUGACUCAUCUGUCAGGAGCUAAGAAGGGAGUAACAUGCUGCUGACAGGACACUUUUACUGCCUUUGCUCAGACUGCUCAGCAUCUCCUUUAACAUGCAGGCAGCACAUCAGCAGCAUAAACUUCUAUUUGCUGUCUAGACUUGAAUCAGAGGGCUACAAAUACCGUAUUGAAAGUAAUCUUUUUCAAACCAAGGCUGCUGGUUGUUAUGUACUGUAUUUUGUGUAUAUAUACUGUGUAUGUUCAAUGCAACUGUUUACAACUUGCAUUGCAAUCAUGAGCCACGAGCCUUUUUUGCAUGUACUGUUGCAUUGUUGUGUAAUAUUUGCACAGACCAUCAGUUUCUUUAACCUGGAGCAAAUCUGACAUGUCUGCAUUUAGUCAAAUAUACAUGUUGAGCACAG